AGAGAAAGCAGGGCGGGGCAUGGGGAGGGGGAGUGUUCACUUUCUGGUGAGAGUCUCUUCGCUGUAUCUACCUAUCCACCGGCGAGGAAACACCACUCAGUCGCAGGCUUGACAUCAGAAAUGACUGCUCGAUGCCAGGAGCAGCCCCCUUCAGGCAGCAGCAGGCAGUGAGCAGCUCUCGCUGCACAGCGUGACCUGCAGAGUGGAGAUAAACCAACCAAUAAAACAUACCGGAGGCUUGGAAAGUCAGUGGUGAUACAAGGGAGUGUGCUCUGCAGAAAGAGCCGAAGGGAAAGUGGUGUAAAAUGUCGGAAGCUAGUGCUGUUGCAAACAAGACCACUGUAUCUAACGGUGAUUACAUCUGGCGCUAUGAGUAUUAUGAUGAUGAGCCAGUUUCCUUUGAAGGAUUGAAAGCACACAAGUAUUCCAUUGUGAUUGGAUUUUGGGUAGGCUUGGCCGUGUUUGUCAUUUUCAUGUUUUUCGUUUUGACGCUGCUGACAAAGACAGGAGCACCACAUCAAGAGAGGAAACCAGAGCACCUGGAGGAAUCCCAUGCAGACACAGGAAAAUCUUACACCAUCCUACCCAGGAUACCAUGUUUAAAUCAUCCAGUCAGAUUUCCUCCCCACUCCAGCAGGAAUGUGGACCUUUCUACAAAACAACGCAGAACAAACAGCUUUGCUAUCAAUUAUAUCAUGUCCAGAUCAGAUAAAGCCUUUUCCCGUCCGGAAAAUGAAGAAUCCAGGUCUCUCUUUCAUUACUAUGUUAAUGAGGUUAUACAAAUGGAAAGGCAACAAUUUGUAAACAAAGUGCCUGGACCAGGGAACAGUGAUCUUACCCCACGAGAAAGAGGGGAUAGAAGUGACGAUUCAGAUGAUCCCAUGUUCUGUCCGAGUAAGUUCAACCUUCCAAAUUUUGUGAGCAUUGAUCAAAGCUCCUCCCUGACAGAAGACGAUCUACUGAUGUGUGAGCAGCCAAUCGUUCUUGAAAAUAAGUCAGAUAGAUUGCAGGAAAUACAUCACAUUUCUGACUAGUUCUUGAUGAACACAAACUGGAGGCAAGUUCACUUGCGAUCAAAAAUAGCAAUCAUCAAUCGGAACUAACCUAAUUAUUGAAAUAUAAAUACUUAUUUUGAAUUUUUUCAGUAUUGCUUUCAUAUAGGCUUGUGAUGGUGCCUGGUGGACAGUCUCUCACCUUCCCAAGUAUCCCUGAAUAAAUUAGGUAGAAAUGGUCAAAAUUGGCCUUUGGGGGCUAUCCCUGAUAGGAACACCACUGAACCUGGUCUUCACUCUGGACCUCCUGCAGUGCCAUCAUUGGGCAUCACUUCUAGUAGGGUCUGAAUUGGGUCUGAAUGGCAGUGCUUGAAGGCUGGAUCCUUUUGCCUGGAGGCCCUGUGAAUAUUGUUGCCAGCAGGUAAACUCCUAGGGCUACCAGAUACGAAGGUUACCAAUAGCUCCACGUCACAAUCAUUAAUUUCAGCCGAUAGUUUCCAAUCGUAUCCUUUUAUUAUAUUUUUUGGCAGCGCCUCACAAUUGUUCUAAUACUCAAUUCAAACAAAGGCCAUCUCUAGAAUGUCCUUCUCAUCUGUAGAAGACUCAUCAUAGAAUGACAACACUUACAGCUAUGUAGGAAGCAUUUUACUGAUACUAAUUACUAAACUUAAUGAUCUCAGACUAAGCCCCACUCUCUGCAACUGACCCACAGGCCACAAUCAGUGAAGUUUGGGGACAAUAUUUCAUCAUCACUAACACUCAACACUGGAGCCCCCCAGGGUGCGUACUCAGCUCCCUACUGUACUCAGCUCCCACUGUAUUCAUUGUGUACCCAUGACUGUAUCGCCAAACACUAGACUAAUGCCAAGUUCGCUGAUGACACCACCAUAGUCAGUUGAAUCUCAGAUGGCGACGAAACAGACUACAGCUGGGAGGUGGAAG